CUGGACGUUAUCUUUCCCACAAAUUUCGAUACAGGAACUUGUCGUGACUUUCCGGUCGCCAAAACACUUUUUUUUUUCUGUAUUUUAUUUUAGGUCAAGUUAUACUUGUACCCAUUGCACAUUGACUUAUUAGUAUUAUAUAAACAUAAAAAUAUUAAUCGAACCCUAAGAGAUUUUUAGAUGAUCCAAAAGAAUCCACCCUUUUCUUAUCUCUUGUUGAUUCAUCAAGCAAAAUGUUGACUGAUACAGACAAGGAGUUCUUAUCUCUAACUGCUACUGUUACAGCGGGGUAUCAGUUAUUUUUCUUUUUAAUCGCGGCUGUUUUCCAGUUUGAUAAACUGACUGAUUUUGCAGGAAGCACGAAUUUCGUGAUAAUCGCUUUAUUGACUCUGGUUAAAAAAGGAUCAUGGCAUUUACGACAGGUAGUCCUGACGGCGAUGAUAGUAAUAUGGAGCACACGAUUGGCACUAUAUCUCUUUUUUAGAAUUUUGCGAUGGGGGGAGGAUAAGCGUUAUGAUAGGAUGCGCCAUAAUGUGGGGAACUUAGCAGUUUUCUUUAUAUUUCAGGGUCUUUGGGUGUGGACUGUGACUUUACCUGUAACAGUGGUUAAUGCAAGUGACAAAGAUCCAUCCAUUCAGGCCGAAGACAUCAUAGGGUGGAUUAUGUGGUUUUUGGGUACCAUUGUUGAAAUUUUAGCUGAUAAGGACAAAUUUUCUUUCAAGAAUUCUCCAGAAAGCAAAGGAAAGUGGUGCGAAAUCGGACUAUGGAAAUACUCUCGCCACCCAAACUAUUUUGGUGAUAUUUUACUUACCUGGGGAUACUUUGUGGCCUCUCUUCCCAUAAUUGAAGGUGCUGAAUGGCUUGUACUCAUCGGGCCAGUCUUUUUGACAUUGCUGCUGCUUUUUGUUAGCGGCCUAACAAUUCUCGAGAAGUCAGGAGACAAGAAGUUUGGUAAUGUGGAAGCAUAUAGAGUUUACAAGAAAAGAACUAGCGCUCUUAUUCCACUGCCACGAUCAAUAUAUGGAAACCUGCCGUAUUGGUUCAAAGCCGUUUUUCUCUUUGAAUUUCCUAUCUACAACCGUUAUUUAAACAGAAACCGUACGAAGCUAGGAUAGAACAGAAGUUGAGUUGUGCUUCGUUAUCUUGGGAUUCGCGAGGUCGUAGACGAGGUUUUGUAACUUUACUGGCACGUUUCUGAUGGAGGCAAAUAGGAUCUUAAAGGUAAAGCAGUUGUGGUAAUGGUCCCAUUGUUGCUAUGUUUUGAACUUUGUAUUUGUUACUUUUUCUGUGCAAAUACGCAUGCAUGUUCAAAACUUGAGUUUGUGGAGCAUUUCAUGCAUGUAUUUUAGACUCUGGAAUGGUCAACUAUGGUGGUUAUGUUGAAUAAAUGUUACCAACAUAAUAAAAUAUUUUCAGUGGGAUUUAUUAAAUAAACGUUACAUUAUGAACAGAAA